UCGUCGCGGAAGAGGUUAAAUAAACGUAUUAACUUAACUUAACGUCCACUGAUACAAUUACAACUGAUUUGGGAAUUAGAUUUUUUCAUCUUGUUCGUAUUUUAUUUUCCAUUUUUCAAUUGACAAACCGAGGAACCUGCCUCACCAUGGCAACGACAACACGCGCGUCAGUGUUUUCAAGAGUGGGUCAGCAAAAAAAAACAACACCGUGAAACCGUGAUAACUGUUUUGGGCUCCGGCUGGUGUGCGAAACGUUCAGUCCACCAUGGCCUCCGACUCUGCUCCCGAGAAUGAAGAGAUAAAGAGGAGGAGGAAUAGGAGGGAGAAGAAGAAGAAGAAGGAGGUGAGUGAGGAUGAGUCACUGGAGAUCCAGAUCCUGACAGGUCAGGGUCACCAGGCGCUCCAGGAAGGUCGGCCCGAAGAUGCCCUGCGCUGUUUCAAAGGAGCCUUACAGGCUGCGGGGCAGCUGCAGGACUCUCGGCUGCUGCGUGUCUGCUCCUUCAAUCUCGGUGCUGCCUACGUGGAAGCCGACGAACCACAGACUGGUCUGGACCUCCUGAGACGUGCUCAGCCUGGACCCAAAGCUCAGCGCCUACCAGACCUCCAGUUCAACCUGGCCGUGGCCCACAAUGCACUGGGGCACCACCUGGAGGCAGCGGGCCACUUCCUGCAUGCGGCACAGCUGUACAGCUCUCAGGGAGACGCUCUGAGCGAAGCAGAGGCCUGUAUGCAGAUGAGCCAGUGCUACAGCAAGGAGCGGAUGUGGUCUCCAGCAGCGUCUGGAUUCCUUCGAGCAGCACAGAGCUAUAACGUGGCCUUGAACCAUGGGUCAGCAGCCGACGCCUUGAAGGAGGCUUCGGGUCACAUGAUCCACUCGGAGCAGUUCAGCCGUGAUGACAUCAUCAGCACCCUGGAGGAGUGUCAGAGUCUGUCAGAAAAGAUCAGCGACUCAGAGGCUCUGGGAGAGAUUCUGCUGGCGGUGGGCGGCUCUUUCUGUCAGCUCCGGUGUUUCCAGGAGGCGGCCCAGUGCUUCCUGCAGGCGCUGGACUCCACCCCUCAACAGUCCCUCCUGCGAGCCAAGGCCCUGCACAACCUGGGCGCCAGUCUCAAUGCGCUGGGCGACUUCACGGCAGCAGUCCAGUAUCACCGCCUGGCGACCGGACUCUACGGCUGGCUCGGCCUCCGUGGUGACCAGGCACGCUGCUUCAGUAACCUGGCGGUCGCCUGCAGUAGCCUCCACCAGCACGAGGGGGCAGCAGAGAGCUGGACCCACGCGCUGCAGGGCUUCAGGGAUACUGGUGACCCCUGGGCUCAGGUGCAGGUGUGCGAGUCAUUGGCCGAGUGUUACCUCAGGCAGCAGAAGCCAGUCAAAGCUGUCCACUUCUACAAACAAGCUCUGGCCGCUCUGACCUGCUGCCAGGAGAGUUCUGGUUCUGCUCAGGAUCGUCUCGUGGACCGCCUGUCUGCUGCACUUCAGCGAAGUCUGACAGUCCGCCAGAAGCGUUCCACCAGACCCGGCAGGCCCCCUGGUGGACACACUCGAAUGUGUGACUCUUCAGUACGUUCUCCCAGAGCCACAUGUGAGCACAGCACGUCUGACAGUCAAGGUGAGACCCACAUGUGCCAUGACGUGAUAAUGUCAGCAGAGCGAGGGAGGAGCCCUGGACAGGAGGCAACCACGCCUGGACCCCCCAGUUUGGGCAGGUCGGACCACCACCAGCUGGGUGAGUCGUGGUCCGAGGGAGAGAACCUCCCAACAGACAGUGCAGCCUCCUUCAUCCAGGAGGUCCCGGCCGCCAGCCUGAGUGACAUCCCUCAGACAGUGCCCCCUCUGGCCAGGUGGAGAUCGCGCUUCUGCUCAGUCAUGUAGCACUUUUCACCCCUUGUGGGUGGAGCCUAAGUUGCUGCCAUGUCAUCACUGACCGAGGACACAAGUCUAGUUCUGAGUCUGGCUACACCAGUCACCGUCCUCACCUUCACUCCAUGCGUCAUCUUCAUCCUCAUCAGUGUGGUCAUCCACUCCAGUUUCCGCGGAAACAGCGGGCACAGGAAGAAAAGUGCAGCUUCUCUCACAAAGGUCAGACAAGCUACUUGCUAACUAGGCGGAGGUGAUGGACCCUCAUUAAUGUCCCUUAAUGAGAAGACACGGGACUGACUGCCAGCUCUGCUGCCCACUGAGCAAAGUGUGGACGAUUCAUUCCCUGAGAUCAUCAUCACUUCCUGGUCCUGUGCUCAGAAUAGCAGCGUGGAUGGUAUGUAUAGUCUUUCAAGGGUCGGAGAGCCACCAGUGCUGCUGUGUGUGGAGUUGAACCAGGAGUUUCAGGGACUCACCUGGGUGACUGACAGUCCCUUGAGUCAUGAAGGUCCUCUGACUCAGGAGAAGAUUACUCCUGCAGGACCACUGAUCGCCGGAUAAUGAGCUGUCAUGUUUGCGGGCUGUGGUCUCCGUGGUAACAAUCGUGUCUGGUCAGAGAGGCGGUUGCUCCUGUGGACAUCACUCUGGGAUCAUUCAGCCGCUAACUUCAAGAACGAUGUCGCCCAGGCUGCAGAUGUGAU